AUGUCCUUCAUCUACCUGACCGAAUCCCAAGUCGCGCAGCCGGUGCUCUCGAGACCAGAACCUCAACCAGCGAAUUUGAAAUCGAGCAGAGGAAAUAAGAACAGUCACAAGGGCCCUGAAGAACCGCAUAGCAAGGCACAUGAGAUGGAACGCAUCAACAAGCUAUUCGAGAUUCUUUCCGCGCGAUCCGACAUCGACCAUCCCGUUUGCGUAGAGUGUACCGAUAUGCUUGUGGAGGGCCUUCAGAAGAAAUUGGAAGGCGCAGCGAGGGAGCGGGACGCAUAUGUUGGGUUCCUCAAGCAAGUACAGAGCGACCAGCCGAGCGAGGAGGACGUCAAAGCACAGGAAGAGGCGCUGAAACAGGCGAAGCAAGCCGAAGCGGAAGCAAUGGCGGAGCUUCUGCGCUUGGAAAAGGAGAAGGCAGCAGUGGAUGCGGAAAUCAUUGCGCUGGAGGAGGAUGCACAACAACUCGAUCGGGACGAGGAGCUUUUCUGGCGUGAACGCAAUGCCUUUGCUACGAAACUUGCCGACUUUCAAAACGAGCGUGAUAGCAUCAACUCGAAGUUCGAUAACGACGCCCAGCUUUUGGAGAAGUUACAGCGAUCUAACGUAUACAAUGACACCUUUUGCAUCAGUCACGACGGCACGUUUGCGACCAUCAAUGGGCUGAGAUUAGGCAGAACCUCGAGUAAGCCGGUUGAUUGGCCCGAGAUCAAUGCUGCAUGGGGGCAUGCGCUGCUGUUGCUCGUCACGGUGGCGGACAAACUAGGAUAUAAGUUUGAUGGCUUUGAGCCGCAGCCUAUGGGGAGCACAUCCAAGAUUGUUCGAUAUGAGCUGCCGUCUCCAGCUGCAAGUCGUAUAGGCUCUCACCGCAAUGCACCGCCGCCAGCACCGAAGAAGCAUGUUCUGGAGCUUUUCUCGAAUGGUGACCUGCCCCUUGGACUAACCUUCAUGCACCGCAAGUUUGACAACGCUAUGGUCGCUUUUCUCGAACUUGUGCGGCAGUUGGGCGCUUUUGUCCAUAGGCAGACUGCAGCAAGUGGUCAUCCACUCAGUCUCCCCUAUAAGAUUGAUGGCGACAAAAUCAUGGACACCAUCGAUGACGAGACCUUUGAGGAGGUCGCCUUCAGGCGGGUCCCGCCCUUGAACGAUGAGCAGUCUCUAGUUCUUCAAGACAUCUCUAAGGACCAGCCAGCGCCAGAAAUCUUGUAUGUGCUGCAGUACAUUGGCGUUACCGGUAAAUCCAUCGAUACCCGAGAGAGUGAUACGCCAUUCGAAGAAAUUCCAGAAUAUGGAACCAGGAAUGGCGAGAGCACAGCCAAGAAGGUUACGGAACCUGUGCUUGAGGUUGUGACCAAGGUUUGGUCUCACUUCAAAGCAAGGCCUCGGCGCCGUCCGCCUCCUCGCUCCAAACGCCACUACGAUAGCGAGGAGGAUGAGUUCAGCCCAUACAGCCCGUAUUCUUCCGAUAUUGAAAUCAACGACAAUCCCAGCAGACCUGCCGGGACUGAGCGCACCCACAUGAUAAUCCAUUCUUCGCAUUUGAUAAACGCCCUGAGAGCCACUGUGGCAUAUUACCCCAAUGUCAAUCUUUUUGGAGACAUCGUGAAGAUCGACGCCCCAUAUCAUGUCAUUGUCCACCACCGUGAUGCUUUGGCAAGGUAUAAGUCUCACCAACCUGCAUGCCACUCCUCAGAGUACGCACGCGUGACCGCCGAACACAUCGACAUACUUCUUAACUUUAUCGAGAAGAGUGUUGGAGAAUCCAUUCGUAAGGAGGAAGAACGGCACCAACGUAACACUCCAGUGGCGACAUUCGAGAACUACUGGAUGGUGGUCAAGCCUGGCGAGGUUGUCUACGUCAAUCACGAAGAUGUCUGGCAGCCACUCAUUGUCAGCAGUAUCAACCAACUCGAGGGGUCGGAUGAGCAAAUGAAUCAGUGGGUGGUGACAUGCUGGCUGCUCGAGAUGGGGCGCAGUAAGAUGCAACGGAAGAUGGUGGAGUACAAGUUGUCCUCGUGGGUGGGCGAGCAAGUCAUCCAUUCCUUGGACAUUGUGCCGUCUCGGUUCUUCCCUGAUGAUCCUGUUGCUAUGUUGCAGAAGCAAGUCAGGCUGGGUAAAUUGUACUGGGACCUUCUGCAACGACCAACAUACAUGGAAUACGACGGUCUGCUGGUACAGAAUUCAUACUCUCGCCGAGGGCCCGCACUCCGUGAGCCUUCAGGCUACAUGACCGGGCGCGUCAUCUGUGAUGCCGAAGGCUUCCGCCGCUUUCAUCUUGGGCCUUACGGCGAUCGUGACUCCCGAUCCCACAAGCUUCCGGGCCUGCCACCCAGUCACGGCCCUCCGCCAGUACUUGACUAUCUGCCUCACUUUCGCCCUCGCUGUGGCUGCAAGUCAUGCCCUAUUACCACUGAUCAAGACGAUCAGAGCCCUUACGCCGAAUUUGAAAACAUCAAACCUACAAAAUCCACACCACCAACCAGCGAUUUGUUUUAUAUCGCGUGCAUCAAAGUCAUGCCCGGCUUUUUGCUAGGUAAGCGUGACUGGGGCCACCUAUACCUUGAGCACUUGAAGCCAGUUGUUACCGAUCGUGAAGCUUUUAAGUAUCUUGUUCUCGACGACGAGAUCAAGACGACAGUCAAGGCUCUCAUUGGCAAAUUCGCUGCCAAUGACUCCGGAAGAGUAUCACCCUGGGGCAAUGACUUUGUCAAGAACAAGGGCGAGGGUAGGAUAUUCCUGCUCCAUGGUGCGCCGGGUGUUGGCAAGACAUGCACGGCGGAAUGCGUGGCGGAGAUGACCAAUCGUCCCCUCAUCUCUCUCACAUCAGGAGACCUCAGCGUGGACUCGCGUGACGUGGAGACCAACCUGUCCUACUUCCUUGAGCUUGGCCAGCGCUUUGGCGCGUUGGUCCUCCUAGAUGAAGCAGACGUUUACCUUGAGCGCCGCAGAUCCAAGGACAUAGACCGCAAUGGCCUUGUCUCCGUCUUCCUGCGAGCUCUGGAGUACUACCGUGGCGUGCUCUUCCUAACCACCAAUCGCGUCCAAGCUUUUGAUGCUGCUUUUACAUCACGGAUCCACGUUGCACUGCACUACCAGAACCUGACUGACUUGGAUCGCGAACGUAUCUGGGCGAACAACUUCGAGCGGUUGGACAAGGAUUCUGCCGGCCGGGUCCGCGUCUCUGUCGCUACAAGGGAUUAUGCGUACGAGUCACGAGAUGUCCGUUCCUUGCGCUGGAACGGCAGAGAGAUUCGAAAUGCAUUGCAGACGGCUCUUGCGCUUGCUGAAAGCGAUGCUGCCGAAGAGGGUAGUGAUCGUGUGACCAUCACCGAUAAGCAUCUCCGGGCUGUUGUCAAGAUGAGCCGUGGUUUUAGGGACUACUUGCGAAGCGGUAACGUCUAUGAUGGUGAAAGUGAGGCUGAUGUUGAAGAAGAUGAUGAGGAGGGAGAACUUUAUUCCGAAUAA